AUGUCAACUGCUAGCGCUGAGACAACCGCCCAGCUCCCGCCAGCGGCGGGUCGGGUCUUUUUCCAAUCUUCACCCGGAGUGGGCUGCGCCGGCAACGGCCCAAUGCCAAGGGAUGACCCGGUCCAGAAGAAACAGGGGAAAGUCACGGUGAAGUACGAUCGGAAAGAGCUACGAAAGAGACUGAUCCUUGAAGAGUGGAUCAUCGAACAACUGAGCGAGCUCUAUGACUGCGAGGAAGAAGAGAUGCCAGAGGUUGAAAUAGAUAUUGACGACCUUCUGGAAGUAAACAGUGAAGAUGAGCGAGCUAUAAAAUUACAGGAAUCUCUAAUAGACUGCUAUAAGCCCACUGAGGAUUUUGUGCGUGAGCUACUCGGGAGGAUAAGGGGUCUGAGAAAACUCAGUGCUCCACAGAAGAAAAGCCUUUAA